GACACACGUAGAUGACUCAUUAGAAAUUUUGUCUUUACAAAUGCUGAUACAACAUAAGACAAAUACACUGGUGUUCUUAAACACCACUUAACGAUAUAUCAGCCCAAAAGUAAAAGCCUUUUGAAUUUAACUGGUUAAUUUAUUGCAUUGUUGGCGGUAAGAGUAAGUAGACUGCUUCUGCUGCUCCGGCGGCUUGGCUGUCAAAGGAGAUAAAUCAACUGGUUGUUUAAUGAGAGUCGCAGUCUCGUCCGGUGAUGAAUGUGUGGAAUAAGAAGAGAGACCGCGGUGAACAAUGACGUCCUGUGCUCAGUGUGUGUGCGCGCGCGCGUGCUCAUUUUGUAAUGUCAUUACUUUAGGCAGUCAGGAGAGCACAAAACCAGCGAGACUACACUGGACCACCAUUGCAAUAAAGACCUCCGCUAUUCUUCUAUACUCUUUAAACAACUUUCGAGAACAAAUGAUCAUGACAGAAUCUAUUCGGAAGAUGAUGAGGGCAAAGCUGGUGGUUUUAGGAAGGGAUAACUGUGGGAAGACCGCUCUGUGUGUCAGAUUCAUCACCAAGCGAUUUAUUGGAGAGUAUGAACAUAAAAGGGAGGUCACCUACAGGUGUCAGAAAAUCGUGGAUAAAGAGCUGAUUGAACUGGAGAUUUUAGACACUGUUAAUAAGGAGUGUGUAGGUCCUGCCUCAUCCUCUCUGGAAAGUUCCAUUAAAUGGGGUGAUGGGUUUCUCAUAAUGUACUCAGUGACGGAUCGCAGCAGUUUUGAGGCUGUUUCACGCCUGAAGAAAUUAAUUGAUCACAUUAAACAGACACUUGGCAUUCCAACAGUCAUUGUAGCCAAUAAAUGUGACAUGGAGAAUGGACGAGAAGUAAGGACAGAUGAAGGACAGGCUUUGGCUUCAGACCUCAGGUGCAGUUUCUUUGAGCUCUCUGUAGCAGAGGACACUACAGCAGUGGAGGCUUCAUUCUGCCAGCUGGUGCGUGAAGUGCGUCAGGAGUUUCAGCGACAUCUGCUGGCUAUGGACAAGCGGUCACGUAUGUUGCAGAUGAGGCAUGUGCUCAAAAGCAAACUCACACGGAGCAAAACCAUGCAGUGGUGACCAGACUAAAUGCAGACAUACUCCCUGCAUUCACAACCACAGUGCCCAAACCAAACAUCAGUAUGGAUUUAAUUUAAUGUCUACUGGAUUUCCAAGUACUGUUAUGGACAGUUUUAUCUGCAUUUGUGCAGUUUAUGAAAGCAGCUACACAUUAUAGUAUUACUUUUAACUGUGCAAUGUAACAUUUUUGUGCCAAAAAUAGUAUCAGGCCCAUCAGGUCCCAAAUAGGUUAAUGUGCCCAAACAUAUGCUAUUGGAUGAUCACUGAAAAACGUAGUUGUCUCUGCACAUUUAACUGGUACAGGUUAACAUUUGCAAAUGACACAGUUUACCUUUAAGCUCCAUUGACCAUAUACUGCUCAUUUACUUUCACUGUUAUUGGGAUACUGCUGCUAUUUCUGAUUGUACAUUUCUUUAAUUUAAACAUCCCUGUUUAAAUAGA